AUGAAGACGGAGAGCGGGGUGCAGACGGCGCCGUUCAGCGGGAGGAAGCAGAGUCUGAUCGAGGAUGCUCGCAGGGAGCGCAGCAGCUCCGCGGGCUCUCCGGGGCCCCCGGGGCCCUCCAGGUACGGAGACAGCUUCGUGUUCGAGGAGAAGGACGGCAGGGUGACUCUGAACGUCCUGUUCACACUCAGCAAUGAGAAAAACGCAGGUUUCUUCAAAACGGGAAAAAUAUUCGAGACGUUUGAAGCCAAACUUCUCCACAUUGAAAGCCGCCCAGGCAGGAAGUCAAAGAACAGCACGACAGACCUGGAGUUCUUCAUGAAGUGUGAAGUUCACAGCUCUGACCUGGACGUGUUCAUCAACUCACUGAAGAGAGUGGUUGACGACGUUCGCUCCAUACCAGAGGAAAAAGUUCCCUGGUUCCCCCGACAGAUAAAAGACCUCGACAGAUGCAACAUGUUAAUAACCAAAUUUGAUCCGGACAUGGACCAGGAUCAUCCAGGAUACAGUGAUCCAGAAUACAGAAAAAGAAGAGCCUUCAUCUCUGAGCUCGCCUUCAGAUACAAACAGGGGGACCCGCUGCCCACUGUGGAGUACACAGCAGAGGAAGUGUCCACAUGGAGGGAGGUUUACAGGCAGCUGCGGAGUAUUUACCCUCGUCUGGCCUGCAGGCAGUUCCUGGACGGGCUGCAGCAGCUGGAGAGGGAGUGUGGCUACGGAGAGGACCGCAUCCCUCAGCUCAGAGAGGUCUCUGCCUUCCUGAAAGAGAAAACUGGUUUCCAGUUGCGACCAGUCGCCGGCCUGCUGUCAGCCAGAGACUUCCUCAACAGUUUGGCUUUCAGGGUGUUUCAGUGCACACAGUACAUCCGUCACUCCUCUGCGCCCAUGCACUCCCCUGAGCCGGACUGCUGCCAUGAACUGCUCGGACAUAUUCCCAUGCUGGCAGAUAAAGAGUUUGCCCAGUUUUCACAGGAGAUUGGACUGGCCUCACUCGGAGCUUCAGAUGAAGACAUCGAGAAACUGUCAACGUUAUACUGGUUCACUGUGGAGUUCGGCCUCUGCAAGCAGAACGGCACAGUAAAAGCUUACGGCGCCGGCCUCCUGUCAUCUUACGGAGAGCUUGUUUAUGCUCUGUCCAAUGAGCCAGAAUACAGGCCGUUUAACCCCGAGGAGACGGCGGUGCAGCCGUAUCAGGACCAGACCUACCAGCCUGUUUACUUUGUGUCUGAGAGCUUUGAGGAUGCAAAGAUGAAGCUGAGGAGAUACUCUGCAACCAUCAAGCGCCCCUUCACAGUCCGCUACGACCCCUUUACCUGCAGCGUGGAGGUUCUGGAUCAGCCCAGCAAGAUCCAAAACGCCCUGAGCCAGAUGAGAGAAGACCUGAAGACCCUUCACAGCGCUUUGGAGAAGUUCAGCUCAUCUUAAGACCAGGAGCAGACGCUCUACAGAGAGAAGGAAGUCAUAUAGAAAGAGAAGAGGACAAUUGGCCUGUAUAAACACUGUAUAUGAGAUCUACUGUUUGAACAACACCUACAGAACAUCAUAAUGUAGUCGAGUUUGUGACGUUCCA